GGAUCCUGUCCGGAUUCUGGAAGUCCUUAGAUCGAGUCAGUAGGUUUGUCAGUCAGGGGGAAGAGUCUAAGUGGUGAGGAGUGGAACCGUUGUCUGGUUGUGCACCUAUCACCAUGGUUGACACUCAUAGUGGGAAGAGUACUGCCCCCUACACCCAAGCUCAAGAGGAGCGUGCAACCGCCAUCCUGAAGGAGAGACAGGAGAUGAAGGAGAAGAAAGAGCUCCUUAAGCAGGCGAAGUUAAAAGCUAUCGCAGAGGAGCAAGCGGCGAAGAAGAAGAAGUUGGAGGAAGAGAUGAGGAGAUUAGAACAGGAAGAGGAAGAGAAGAGGAAGGCUGUCGAAGAAGAAGCAGCAGCAGAGGAGGAGGUAGAAGAAGAACCCCUUGAAAGGAGGCGUGGGGGAGAUAGAGGAGAGACAAGUGGCAUGAAGGGAGAGGACGCGUGGAUGGAGAAGAAAAUUAGCAAGUGGGUAGCUAACUUAUCAUUGGGAAAAGACGAAGAGGCACUGUUGUAUGUGCCGUAGGAGGAGAGGGAAGCAUUUGCCAGGGGAUUGGAAGCGAUGGAGGACCCCCUGGAACGACAGAAAGCAGAGGAUGA